GGAGGGAGGAAGGCGAUUCCGAAUCGAAUACGCCUUUCCCUCCCUCUUCUUCCUCCCCUCCCCUCCCCCGCCGCGCCGAUCUCAUCCGCAUCGCAUCUCCCACGAUUCCUCUCCCCUUCCUUUUUCCCUCCUCCCUGCCUAUAUAAACCGCGACGCGGACGCGGACGCGGGCGCACGCCAUUUCCCCCCUCACCCUCUCGCUCCCGCUCCUCUCCUCUCCUCUUCGUCCUCGCAUUUUCCGCCGCCGCCGCCGCGGCGCUGGUGUGGUUGAGUGUUUUUUUUUUUUUGGGUUUUUUGUUUGUUUGGGUUGGAUUGGAUAUGGCGGCGGCCGCGGACUUGUACGGGCGCCUCAACAGGAGCAGCACGCGGGGGUUCCUCGCAUACGUGGCGGCGGGGGCGGCGUGCGCCGCGGUGCUCGCCUGCUUCGUCAUCCCCGCCGCCGAGCCGCGCGCCGGUGACGCCAAUGGCGGCCUCCGCCUCUCCUCGCGGUCGGCGCGCGUCUGGCCGGACCUCGCGUUCAACUGGCGGGUGGUGGUGGCCACCGUCGUCGGGUUCCUCGGCUCGGCGUUCGGCACCGUCGGCGGCGUCGGCGGCGGCGGGAUAUUCGUGCCCAUGCUCAACCUCCUCGUCGGCUUCGACACCAAGUCCGCCGCCGCGCUCUCCAAGUGCAUGAUCAUGGGGGCGUCGGCGUCGUCGGUUUGGUACAACCUGCAGGUGUCGCAUCCGACCAAGGAGGCGCCGGUCAUCGACUACAAGCUCGCGCUGCUCUUCCAGCCCAUGCUCAUGCUCGGGAUCACAAUCGGAGUCGAGCUCAGCGUCAUCUUCCCCUACUGGCUCAUCACCGUCCUCAUCAUAAUCCUCUUCAUAGGGACUUCCUCGCGGUCAUUUUACAAGGGAAUUCUCAUGUGGAAGGAUGAGACGAGGAUCCAGAUGGAGACGCGGGAGCGAGAAGAGGAAUCGAAGUCGUCCUGUGCCGCAAGGGAUGUGGUUAUUGACCCGAGUUGUGAAGAGCCCCUCCUAUGCCAGCCUCAGCCCAAGGAGAAAUCUGCUCUGGAGACUUUCUUGUUCAAUUUGAGGUGGAAGAAUAUCCUAGUUCUCAUGACUGUAUGGUCGUCUUUCUUGGUGCUGCAAAUCUUCAAGAAUAACUCACAAUCAUGCAGCACUUUCUACUGGGUGAUCAACAUUCUUCAGGUCCCGGUUGCGUUAAGUGUAUUCCUGUGGGAGGGCGUACAGCUGUGCAGAGAGAGCCGUGCUCGACGCAUGGAUGGGAACUGGGAGUGUGUCUGUGAGGCCUCUAUUGAGUGGUCACCUGCACAGCUCAUCUUCUGUGCCUUCUGUGGUUUGCUUGGUGGUACUGUUGGUGGCCUUCUUGGAUCCGGGGGUGGGUUCAUCCUUGGUCCACUUCUCCUUGAGCUUGGGUGCAUCCCUCAGGUUGCAAGUGCAACAGCAACAUUCGUGAUGAUGUUCUCCUCAUCCCUAUCCGUAGUGGAGUUCUACUUCCUGAACAGAUUCCCAAUCCCUUUUGCUGUCUACUUGAUCUGCAUUUCCAUAUUGGCUGGAUUCUGGGGCCAGUCCUUGGUCCGGAAACUCGUGCACGUGCUCAAGCGAGCAUCUCUGAUUGUCUUCAUCCUAUCCUCUGUCAUCUUCGCGAGUGCUCUUACAAUGGGUGUUGUUGGAACCCAGAAGAGCAUCAGCAUGAUCAACAACCAUGAGUACAUGGGGUUCCUCGACUUCUGCGAGAAGUGAAGAACCCAUCAGACUGUCCAUACUCUCUGGGGGAAAUCCAGGUCAACACCUAAUUGACCUCACCUCCCCCAAAUUUAAACGAGAAAAGAAAUAAGGUCGUGAAGUGCACAUAUGCACCGCGUUAGCGCCUCGCUAACCUGCAAGCGCACGUCCGACAAAGUAUCGUAGUGUAUUCCAGUUUUCAUGGCAUAUGCAUGUGUUAGCUCCUGGCUAACCUGCAAACCCUAUCUCUUGGUCUUGUAAGAGUCUUCUGGUCUUUUUGUCAUGCAUGCGUUAGCUCCUGGCUAACCUGCAAUUUAGUUUCUCUAGGGAGAAAUCGCAGCUAUGCCCAUUCAUUCUUGUGCUUGCUCCUGGCUAAGCUAGCCUGCAAAUGGUUAUUGUAUGGAACAGUGUAAAUAUGCCAGCCCAUUCCUUCUGUCAAUAUACAAUUGUUGCAUUUUUUAGGUACUGUCAGAAUUUGUGAUUGUGAUUGCAA